GUACAUUGUCUCUAUCUCAUUUUAGACAAUGUACUCUGUGGGCCGAUCUCAAAAUUCUUCAACAAAAGCGAGUUGAUAUUUUCUGUGAAUAAAACAGCGCAAGUGAAUUUAUUAAUAUGGAGAUUACGCGCACCACCUUAGGAAUUGCAGUUGGAAUAGCUGGUACCUUGUUCCUUGGAUAUUGUGUGUACUUUGACCAACAACGUCGCAAGGAUCCUCUAUUCAAAAAGAAGUUGAGAGAACGCAGACAGAAAGCCCAACAGAAUGCGACCCGGUCACGCAAUCUUGGAGGUCCACUACCCGACAUGAGCGAUCAUGAGGCUAUGCAAAGGUUCUUCCUGCAACAGAUCCAACUAGGUGAGGAGUUGCUAGCCGCUGGUGACUUUGAGGCUGGAGUGGAGCACCUCGGCCAAGCUGUGGCUGUCUGCGGCCAGACCCAAGAGCUCCUGAGUGUGCUGCAGCAGACGAUGCCAGCGCCCAUCUUCCACCUGCUGCUGAAGAGGCUGCCCGAGGUGUCGGAGCGGCUCCGAGCCUCCAUGAAGGCCAGCGGCAAGAUGCUGCAGGAGGAGGACGUCGAGUAAACAGCCCCCGCACAAGACGAGAGAAUAUUUUCAUAAUAUAUCUACAAUAUCUCGCUAAUCAUGGAAACCUCCAUCUUUGGUCGAUAGAUAACGCAACGUUGACGUAAGGCCUAGUGACUUCCAUUUACUCAUUUACUCAUUUAAUUUAAUAUAGGUC